CCUGGAGCUGCACGCUCUACCAAGCCCACCUUACUUUCGUCUUCCGGGCUGCUUCUGCUUUUCUUGUCGCUCCUUUGCUUCCUCCCUUUUCUUUGAUUACAUGCGUCGGCGUUGACGGACAGGGCGCGCGCUGAGCAGAGGCUCCCAAGGCCAAAAGACUCCUCAGAGCCAGAGAAGUUCCCAGGAGAACACAGGCUCCAGGGUCUCGACAGACAGAGCAAUCGCGAAUCGAUUCUCGUUUUCGAGGCAGAGAGCACGAGAAGCAGAAGAGCAAGCAGUGGGAAGCAUGGCUGCGGAUCACAAGAGACAGGCCACGGCGGGCAAGAUUGCGACACCAAAGGUUGCAGGCGGGAAGGAUGUGACCGACUCGGACUCUAUCCUCUACAAGGCGGUCGGUGCGCGCAUCAAAAUCACCGUUGCGCCAUAUAAUACCGUUCUUGAGGGGACCCUCUUCACAACCUGCAACAUUACCAACGCCAUCGCCAUCAACACCACCCCCGCACCUCCCAACCCCUCCGCGACUAUUUCCUCCCAGCCAGGCGACUACCACAUCAUCCCCUUCGCGCACAUCCUGAACAUUGAAUUGCUGGGCGCAGGAGAGCGGGUUGAGGGAUCAGUUCCCGGCUUCGACGGGGCUCUACCAAGCAUUGCAAAAGUCGACCUCGAUGCUGUCAGGGCAAGGGAGGAAGCUACGAUCAGGAAAAUCAAGGAACGGGAUGCGAUGAGAGGACGAGGCGUCAGCAGGGAGGCACAAGAGAUCUUCGAUGCGUUGGCUAGAACUCUCCCAUGCCGCUGGCACAAUACCGACAUCAUUGUCAAUGAUGCUGUCAGGAUCUCCAAGCCAUACUCUCUUGAAGACUGCAAGGCGCCGCAGGAGAAGCAGCAGAGCAUCCCGCACGUGAAGAAGGUGCUGGAGAACUUCUUCGCGAAGAAGCGGUCUGGAGCCGGACCGCAGCAGGGCCAGCAGCCUCAGGGCCAAGCUCAGAAUCCAAGGGUGUCAGUUGCUACGCCGAUUGCCCCGAGGAAAGGGGGAUAAAGACUAAGUCUUGGGGAUGAAGUGUUGGGUAUGGAAUAUAGCCACACGUCACACUUCUCUUUUGAAGAUUCUGGGUGGCAUGGCUUAUAUUAGGCCUACUAGUAUUCUGAUUCUGAAGGAUUGCUGGAUAUCAUCGGAGCCAAACUGGGUAGUCAACUCAUCCAGAGCAGA